UGUGCGCAUGCGUACCCGGGGUGGGCGGAGUUUUCCAGUCGGUCAGGAAGAGGAGAAAGGCGGACACAGAAACAUCAAGCGAUGGCUGCUAUCAGGAAGAAGUUGGUGAUAGUUGGAGAUGGUGCAUGUGGGAAGACCUGUCUGCUCAUCGUCUUCAGCAAGGACCAGUUCCCAGAGGUCUACGUCCCCACUGUAUUUGAGAACUAUGUGGCAGACAUUGAAGUGGAUGGGAAACAGGUAGAGCUAGCACUUUGGGAUACAGCUGGACAAGAAGACUAUGACAGACUGAGGCCUCUCUCCUACCCUGACACCGAUGUUAUUCUCAUGUGCUUCUCUGUAGACAGCCCUGACAGUUUAGAGAAUAUUCCUGAAAAGUGGACACCUGAAGUGAAACACUUCUGUCCGAAUGUUCCCAUCAUCCUGGUGGGCAAUAAAAAAGAUCUGCGCAAUGAUGAGCACACCAGACGCGAGCUUGCCAAAAUGAAACAGGAGCCAGUUAAACUUGAGGAGGGCAAAGACAUGGCGAACCGCAUCAGUGCCUACGGCUACCAAGAGUGUUCUGCCAAAACCAAAGAUGGCGUGAGGGAGGUCUUUGAGAUGGCAACUAGGGCAGCACUGCAGAGCAAGAAACGUUCCAAGAAGAACACCUGCCUUCUGUUAUAGGCUCUGAAAGAGGAGGGAGCUGCCGUCAAGCACAGAUGGAGAGGGCAUCUUCCGUUAAGAUUUGAUAAGGGGGAGAAUUUUGGGGGAGGGCCCUGUAAAGUUUUGCGGAUGCUCAAUUUCUGAUCACCCAAUAAUCCUCAGCAAAUUAAAGCAGGUUUCAAAUGAUUUGAUAGGCUUCUACACCUUGGUCCUCGUUCUAUACAUUAGGUUUUGUGCCAUUUUGCUUUUGUCUAUCAAAAACUUUCAGAUCUAUGAGUCUGUAGGGCAGGUGGUGGGGGGUGGGGGGGUUGACUUGAAGUUGAGUAGAUGUACGGGUUGAAAUGUGCCACAAUUGGAAUGAAGAGAGAAAAGGUCCUUACCAGGCCAAAGACAAUGGGGACAUGAGAGAGAUUAAAAAAAAGACAUACACAAAAAAUAGGGUUGAAUUAAGACCAUGUCUAAGUGGAUUUCACACAGUAUCGCCUACAUGUAGUGCCUUGAGAGCAGUGGUCACUAAGAGUAAGUUGUGGGGUAGGGAUUCCUAACUUAGAUGGGGUAUUAUUUUGUCAUUUGUAGUGUCCACACAUCAUAUUUGUGAAUGCUUUCUCCCUGUCAUUGGCUUGGCCUCUUCAGGCCCAUAUUCUGACUCAGGCUCUAUGCAGGGGUAUGCCUAAACUAGAUUGUAUGAGAUCUUUUCCCAUACUGAAUUACUUACCUGUACUUAAGAGAGUGGGUGUGUGUUUGCGUGCGUGUGUGCAACUGUAUGGUGGUUUGUUUUCUCCAGUGCAGGUCUGCAUGCAGUGAAUGUGUGUAUAUUUGUGUGGAUGUGUAUUAACAUACGUGUCAAUGUACUGUAUGCAUGGAAAGGCCUUCUGCGUCACUGACCUAACCCCUUGUUUCCAUGCCAAAGUUACCCCUGAUGGCCGUAUUUUAUGGCUCCGAUGGGUAAUGGAAUUAACAGCUAUUCAGAGUGACAUAGAAACCUUUACUUUACUGGAAGACAUUGUACUAUACCUAGAGGCACAAUCAGGUUAAACAUGUUAUCAGUUUUUAGGACCUUUUUUGUGUGUACCAGAGAUUCAUUUGAUUGUGUUAAUCAGUGGGUCAAAUCAUGAGUGGUUUAGUUGAUAAGUUGAAUAUUCCUUCACAUAGAUGAUAGGCUUAUGUUAUUACUCUAAAGUCCAUUAUGUACUGUAUGUCUUACAAGGCUUUGUAAGGACAUGUUAUUGAUGUGUAUUUCAAGUUUGCCUUUUACUCAACUUUCCCCAUUCCCCCAUUUAAUGAUAUUGUCAUUAUUGUAUUAUAACUUUUUAUUAUUGUUGUCUCUAAUUCUCCUAGUAUAUUUUAAUCAUUUUACGUAAACCUGCUGUUAUGAUCAGCUUAUGUCAGUUAUCUGAUAAAUUGUAACCGUAGUAUUCUGUUUAAUUAAACUGAAGGUCAAGCUUGGGUUUCGAGGCUGGAAGGCUCUGGGGGUGGGCUGCUAGAGCAGUUUGUUUGUCUUUUUUUUUUUUUUUUUUUUGUACUGUGACAUAUAACAAUUUUUGGAUUAUUAUUUUUUUUUCCCCCAAAUAAAGCUGAUAUUAGGGGUUUCUGUUGUAAGGUAUUUAUGUGUUAUUUGAUUCAUUCAUUUAUUAAUAAUUAACAAUCGUACCUACAUUUCUGGUAUUAAUUUACUUUUCCCAAAUAAAACACUCAUAAUUCGUCAA